GAACUAACUAGCAGCCUCGACCACCGCCCAAAGGCUCAAGCCCUGUGUGUUUUCCCCCUGGGGUGUGGCCGGGCCCCGGUUGGGGCGGCGGCUCCCGCUGGGCUGCCAGCCGUAGCUAGCCGCGCCUGGCAAGAUCGCCGCAAUGUGGGCGAUGAUUUGAGGUCUUUGAAUGGUGAUUUUGGACAGUUUCUGGUGGGGCACUGGUUGGACUCCCUGGGUCAUUCCAUCAUCGUGGCUCCUGGCGAGCGCUUGGAGCGCGCUGAGCGUGUUGAGAACGCUGAGGUGCCCGAGGUGACCAAUGGGAACCAUGAAGGCGCCUUCACUGCAGUCUUGACGCCUAUUGUAGACCAUCCCAACGCCAAAGACAGAGUGUUGAACAUCAAAAACAUUGGCCGGCGCUGGCAGUGCGGCAACGUGAGCCUAGAGUUCGUGGACGAGCGGCGCCAGCGUUUGGUUUGGGUCACCUCGGAUGGGCGCCGCAGCAUUUGGUCCAAACCUGGGACGGUGGUGGAGAGGGAUGAGGAGGAUCAUCCGGUGUCCUUCCCGUGA